UUACGCGAACCUUCGGACAAGCCGCCAAAACAAGAUUAUGCCUAGUCGGCUAUGCGACGACGAUAUUUCGCGCGUUUCACUCUUCCUAAACGAUAAAUACGAGUGGUUUUUUAAACAGUGGCUAAAUUCAAUUCUAACGACUUCUGACCAGUUAUGCAAGUUCCCGAAAAUUCAUCGUGAAAUGUUCGCGCAGUGUUAAAUACAGUGAAUUUAAGUGAUGUGUUCGAUGCUUCAAAUAAUUGAGAAUGGAUUGAUGUUUGAAAUAUAUCGAACAUAUUAACGACAGUCAAGUCGAUGGAACGCGAAAUUACAUGGUGGAGAAUCCUAUGUCGUAGCAGCAAUGGCGCACGUACUGAAUAUACUCCUAAAAGCGAUUAAAACAGCAUCAAAAUUUGCCAAGGGUGGGAAAUUGAUGGUUAUACCCGCGUUCUUGGCCGCUUUGACGUACUACAAUUAUGAUCUUUACGAUCCGGAAAAUCAGCCGAUAAAUGAAAAGCAUCUUCGACCGGAAUAUGAUUUCAUCGUAGUCGGCGGUGGAUCAGCAGGCGCCGUCGUAGCUAAUCGAUUGUCCGAAAAUCCCGAGUGGAAUGUUUUACUACUGGAAGCCGGUGGUCAUGAAUCCGAGUUGACAGAUGUACCUGUACUCUCGUUGUACUUGCAUAAAAGCAAGUACGAUUGGAAGUACAGGUCGCAACCGAUGACUACGGCAUGUCAGGCGAUGAAAGAUAAGCGAAGCUGCUGGACUAGGGGUAAAGUAAUAGGAGGAUCUUCUGUUUUGAAUACAAUGCUGUAUGUGAGAGGCAACAGGAGGGAUUUCGAUUACUGGGCAGCGCUUGGUAAUCGUGGAUGGAGCUACGAGGAAGUACUGCCCUAUUUUAUGAAAUCUGAAGAUCAGCGAAAUCCAUAUUUGGCUAAGAAUACCAAGUAUCAUGCUACAGGAGGCUAUCUAACUGUUCAAGAUGCUCCAUGGAAUACACCACUGGGAAUUGCAUUUCUACAAGCCGGCGAAGAGAUGGGCUACGAUAUAACUGAUAUCAACGGUGUGAAUCAAACCGGCUUCGCAUUAUUUCAGUUUACUAUGAGACGAGGAUACCGGUGCAGUACGUCCAAAGCUUUCCUUGCACCAGUCCGACUACGCCAAAAUUUACAUGUUGCUUUAUGGAGUCACGUAACCAAAAUUCUUAUCGAUCAAACCACUAAACGAGCCUACGGAGUAGAAUUCAUUCGAGAUGGCGUGAAAAAAGUCGCAUUAGCUAAACGCGAAGUCAUCUUAUCCGCUGGUGCAAUAAAUUCACCUCAACUGUUGAUGCUCUCUGGAAUUGGGCCAGCUGAACAUUUGCAAGAGCAUGGAAUUCCUGUUUUACGUGAUUCGCCCGGAGUAGGGCAAAAUCUGAUGGAUCACAUUGCUGUAGGUAGUUUAGCAUUUUUGAUUGAUUAUCCGAUCAGUUUGGUGAUCAGUCGAGUUGUGAAUAUACCAUCUGUAAUGCGAUAUUCAUUGCUGGGCGAAGGUCCGAUGACAUCAAGCAUAGGUUUAGAAUCAGUCGCCUUCAUCACCACCAAAUAUGGAAAUGUAACAGAUGACUGGCCUGAUAUCGAGUUUAUGUUGACAUCAUCUAGUGCCAACUCUGAUGGCGGAACGGCAGCUAAAAAAGCUCAUGGAUUACGAGAUGAAUUUUAUGAAGAGCUUUUUGGUGACAUAAGCAACAAAGAUGUAUUUGGCGUUUACCCUAUGAUGUUACGUCCCAAAAGCAGAGGAUACAUUAAAUUACGUAGCAAAAAUCCAAUGCAAUAUCCUCUUAUGUACGCUAACUAUUUAUCCCACCCAGAUGACGUCCGUGUACUCAGGGAAGGUGUCAAAGCUUCUUUAGCCAUUGGAGAAACCACAGCCAUGAAAAGAUUUGGCGCUCGUUUUCACGCCAGAUCAGUACCAGGAUGUAAAAAAUAUACCCCAUUUACAGACGAAUAUUGGGACUGCGUUGUACGUCAAUACACAAUGACCAUUUACCAUAUGUCUGGUACAGCAAAAAUGGGUCCUUCCUCUGAUACCAUGGCUGUGGUUGAUCCUUACUUAAGAGUGUACGGUGUGCAAGGUUUACGUGUCAUUGAUGCCUCCAUAAUGCCCCAAAUUACUAGCGGUAAUAUCAAUGCACCUGUGAUCAUGAUUGCCGAAAAAGGCGCAGAUAUGAUCAAGGAUUACUGGAAUCAAUUAAAAGUACCUGGCAGAGUAAGAAAGAAACGACAUUUUAAUCAUAAAUACUCUUAACAUUUAGUUUAGUAAUCUCAAGUGCAUUUAUUCCUUUAGAAAUUAUUUAUUUGUUAGCCAAGAGUGACCUGUGAUGGCUUCUGAAUUAGGUAAGAUUCACCUAAGAAAUUGUACUCUUCAAGCUGUAAGUAAUGUGGAAUUAGGCUACCACAAAAUUAUGGUCUCAAGUAGUUCGUAUUUUUUCCAAAAUUAUAACCUAGUGAAAGAUUGUACAUGAAAUUUUAGCCGAAAUUCCACCGGCACUGCUUUACAAUAAUGUCAAAAAUCAAUGUGAUGCCUUUUACAUUAUCCUGUCACAUUUUUUUAAGGUCUAAACUCUAAAAUGGCCCAGUAAUUUUUUUAGAUGCAAGUCAGCGACAUUAUUUUCCAUCUUUAAUUAUAAUAUUUACAUUGAUUCAAGAAAUUAAAUGACGUGAGUAGUACAGAGUAAAAAGUCAUAAAAUGCUGGGUCUGGGUAAAAUACAAUCUCCCUGUAUCAACUUAUUUGUACUAUUAUUUUUCAAACUUAGAAAUGAAGGGGGAAAACUAUUGCAAAUAUAUUGCCAUACUGACUUUGCUCAAAAAAAAAAUCAUCAAAACUGCCCUAAUUUUAAGUAAAAUUAUCAAAAGUAAUUUCUUUUAGUUUUAAUAUUGUUAUUUAUAAUGAUUUAAGACUGCCAUAUGUUGAAAAAAAUAUGCGACCACUGUCAGUGAUGUUAAAAUUUUUAUUCAAUCAUGCCAUAGAGAAGAAACCAGUAUCUAACAUGUACAUUGUACUUACUAGGGCGGAGUGGAAAAAAAAUAAUCCUGGAUCUGUAGGAAAAUUGGUGCGGAAUUUUACUUCGGAUGGGGGACCAUCUAGAAAAAUUUUGAGUCUCCUAGCCAUUCCGGGGAUGGGGUAAUUUUUGAAGAAAACGUCAUUUUUCGCCUUUUUUGAGUAGUACAUAUGAUAACAAACCAGUGCAGUCCUUCGAUCACACCCUUCUCCAAGUUGCGAUGCUAUACUCGUAGUUUGUGAACAUGCCUGGCCCAUUGAAUUCAAAAUUCAAGACAACUUUUUGCCAUCUAUCAAGCAUUUAAAGAUUGACAGAUUGCGAAAAUUACCAUUUCUCAUCAACUUUGUGUCACUUUUUCAUCAUUAAAAAUUCCUCUUACAAAAAACUAAUGCUGGAUUUGUAUUCAGCACGUCAAAAUAUCUCCGAUUAACUUCCACACUUUUUUCGCUCAUUUCAAUCAAAUUUUUGAAAUUCAAUUAUUUUUUUAGUUAUUUUAUGUUAUAACUACUCAGGUUGAAUAAUAAAUGCCCCGACUGCCCCGCCCCGUGCUUAAGUAAAAAUGAACGAAACAAUUCUCAAUUUAAAAAAUAAUAACUGCAACUAGAACGCAAUCAACACAGAAACGAUAAAGUGUAGAACUGUAGAUAUGUAUUUUUAUCUUUGUUGUUAAUGUAUCUUGAUACUUAAUGAAAGUACAAAAAUCAUAGACAACCACCGAGGUUCCUUCACGAUCAUGUUUUUGAAGAUUAUAUUAGAGAUGUAUUAAUUUUUCAUCAUUAUUUCUAGUCAUAUAAUAAAAAAUUGAGGUUUUAGUUACCUUCAUUAAUCACUACAAAUAGUAAUGUUAAAAUAAAAAUUCAACAAUACAGGUACGUAGUUUCAAAUUA